GUCAGGGAUAUAUUUUUGCUGCCUUAAUGUCGCUUUUUUGCGUAUUAAAACACUAGAUUCUCCCCCUAUACCUUCUGCAUCACAAUCCUAUCUCUCAGAUUCCAUCAUCUCUCCACACAUAAACAUCAACGAUUGAUUCCUACUUUGGACCGACAACUCCAUUUGCGCGCAGUCAGCUUAACUCAACCGGUCUCUAAACUAAAAGGGUUUACCUUCAUCAGCGCAAUACCAAUUCUGCAACAAAGCAAGACAGAAAGCAAUCGUUCGCAAUGCCCCUUCACGCCCUCUCUGACAAGGACGUCAAUGCGCCCGUACAAACCAGCAUGGUCGCCGAUCCCUUGGACAAAUCCAAUGUUAAGAGCAUGGAAUAUCACCGCCAGGUCUUCCAGAACAAGAUAGCAGAGGAGAAGACUAAGCAAUAUAUCUCGCCCUCGGACAACAUCAUGAGCCCCUGUACCGCCAAGCUCAACGCUUUCCGUAACAAGAAGAUUGGCAAGGCCAAGCCCAAGUCACUCUUCGCUCAAGCCUCGUCUAAGAAGCUCGACGGCGAGCCCCUCUUUGGCGCGAAGUCUCCCUCCCCUACCAAGCCUGACAGCACACCCUAGGCGAGUUUUUGAUCCUCGUUAUUUAGGUUGUGCUUCAUGACAAAAGUAGGAAUGGUAUGGGAGGGAUAUUCGGGCAAGGGCACGGUGUUCAGAGAACUGAUUGUUUGGUACCAUUGUCCCCUUCUAUGCUUUUCUUUGUACCGGCGGGUGUGCAACAUCUUCUCUAUGGAUUCAGGUCAUCGGAGUUCAGGGAUUAUGCACCAGAUUUUAUGACUGGAAUAUGCGAAGGCGUGGUGACAGGGUCUCUGCAAAACAAACGUCAUGACACGAAACGAAACAAUGUGCGGGGUUCUUCUGUUCUGUUUCCUUGCUUUGGGCUGAAGCUCACUCUUUCAGGCCUUAAUGUAUAUAUCAGUUUUGUUGGCCAGCUGUAUAUCUUCAUACCCCUAGGGGAUAACAUGAUUUCUUGGGCAUGACCAUCACCGAGUAUCAGCAACCAUUUCCCCCCUCGACUACCCCGGAUCUCGCCUCCACAACCCUUCAC